AUGGUGACGUCCAGAGUGCUCAAGGUUCCACAAAGUGACAACGACAAAGCGUUUGUCUUGCUACAGGCAUCGUCAUCCGGUAGAAAGCCUCUGGAUCUUAAAUUGAUCGGAACCGAAGGAGAGGCACCGUAUGUGGUCAAAAACAAUGAAUCUGACCAUGCUCGUCACACAGUCAAGCAUGACCGCGUUCCUGCUCUCAAAGUGAAAAACAGCCACUUAUCAGACACUGAAUGGGAAUCCCUUCUCGAAGACUUCUUUGACCAAAAGCCCCUGAAAGAUAUCAAUGCAACUGCUACAGUCCAAAGUGAGGCCUCAAUCACCAUCACCAUCAGAAAGCAAGUGCAAGGCAUUACACAACGACUCGGUACUAUCACUCUAUCUCACGAUGAAAACGAGGCAAUUGAACUAUUUGAGUGGUGUGCAGCAUCCGCAGACGCAGUUGUUGCCAGCAACAAGGCGACUGCCCAGAUCCAGUCCAAAGCCACCGAGUUAGAGGCUUCAAUUCACCAGCUAAAAGACCAACUGGAGGAGCUCUUGAAAGCAAAAGAUGAAGACGAGACUGCCCUUUUACAAAAGUUUCGAGAUUUGCUCAACGAGAAAAAGGUCAAGAUUCGCGAGCAGCAAAAAGUCUUGGCGUCGGGCUCGUUCUCGGCGCCCAAGCAGGAGGAACCUCAAGAGCCAUCCCCGGACCCUGAGCUGGAAGCUCCAAAGACCAAGACUCGGGGCCGAAAACCCGCAGCAACCCGAGCGCGCAAAAGGAAAGCCACUGCGCCCGCCAAGGAGGAGUCCGACGAAGAAGACGUGGCCGGAGAGCAGUCGCCCAUCAAGUCGGAGCCGGAGGAUACUGAUGACGGGCAAACAACAGAAGCAACAGCGUCGGUGGAUGGCGACUCGGACGAGGAUGAGGAAAUGGCAGACAACGGGGAAGAUGGAGAAGCGGCCGCACCGCCCCGUGAAUCAAGUCCUCCGAAAAAGGCUGCAGCACCACCGCCAAAGAGAGCCCUUCCUUUUGCGAAUAGAAAACCGAAGGAGGCUCCAAAGCCGGUGGCGCAAGCCGGUGGUGCAGAUACGGAUUCGGAUGAUGAGUUGUAG